AGAAACGCCAAGGUGCAGGUUGUACGGACGGCAGAACACGCGGCGUAUACGUAACGUGGAAAACUAUAAAAGUUGUCAAUGCAAAAUUGAUUGCACCUCCUCGGCAGCAGGACUCGUAGGAACAGUAUGCGAAGAAAAAAGAAAAGUGAAAGUGAAAUGAAAGGUAAUCUGAACCAAAGUCGACUCUAAGCACGGGCCACAAAGUCCCAUAGAGCCGUACAAAAUGCUCCUAGCGGUUCCGUUUUGCCUGUGUCCAUGUUGUGAUUACAUAAUGAGACGCUGCUAGAAGUCCAACUCAAAAGGAGAAGUCCCAGUCGUCGUCGCCAUCGCAGUCGCAAAGAAAAAGUGCCAAGUGUAAGCAAACCCAGCAAGUAAUAAAUAUCUCAACUCGCCACCAAGUAUCUCUGCCGGAACAGCAGUAGCAUAUAUAAGCAAUAGUCAAAGGACCUUAAGGAGCGAAAGGAUGCCCUUCGGUAGAAAGUCACCGCUGGAGGCUCUGGCCCUCCCCGGCGUGAUGCUCGCCUACAAGUACAGCCAGUUCCGGCAGCGCCGCCGGGAGGCAGCCAGCCGACGGGUCACCGAGCGCGAACUCUCCGCCCUCCACCAUAAAAUCGACAAGCUGCUGAGCAAAUUGGAGGAGGAAAACGAACCAGACCCCCCCACUUCCCAGGAGGAUGAGUGCGUGAUCUGCAUUAAUGCCCGGGCCACCAUGCAAACCUCGCCAUGUGGCCACCGCGUCGUCUGCCGUCGCUGCUUUGUGAAGACGAUCCAGAGCGCGGUGGCCCAGCGGCUACUGCCACUACGUUGUGUCAUCUGUCGGGCUCGGGUUAACCGACUGACCUCCUCCUCGGGCACCUGGCGCAUCCAGGAGUCGGCCAGCAGCUAUUCCAUGGGCGCCAAGAGCUGGGCCUCCGCCGGUGUGGCCGCUGGCGGAGUAGUGCCAUCGGCCAGCUCCUAUUCCAUGAACGAUGCGCACAGCGGACACCACACCUUCCAUCAGCCCACGCUGCACAAGUCAGGCGGCGGUGGAGGAGGGGGAGGAGGCGCAGGGGGGCGGCAUCAUCCGCACCACUAUGCCCUUCGGAAUGGUCGAGUCACUCAAUCGGAUAGCCUUUACUCGAUGAGCUCGACGGGAUCGGCGGGCUCCUCGGUAUCGGGCUACUCACACUACUCCAAGACGUCUUCCAUAUCGAGCAGCGGACCCUGCUCACCGGCCUCGCCGGCUGUGGCUUCCAGCUCCUCCCAUCACCUGGCGCCUCCGUCGCCCACCACUCACCAUCAUCCGCAUUCGCCCACGCCCUCGGCUUCCUCGGGCAGUUCCCUGUCGCCCCGGGAUAACGGAGGCUCUCACUCGCAUCAUGGCGGCUGUCCAAGCGGUUGCUCUGGCGCCGUGCCUAGGAAACCGCUUCACUCACUUCCCAACUCCGCCUCCACAUCCGCAUCAGCUUCUGCCUCUUCCUCCAGUGGCAGCGGUAGCAGCAGUGGAGGCGGAGGAGUAGGAGUGGGAGUGACAGGCAGCAGUGGCAUGAUGACGCCGACGCACACUUAUCCAGGAAGGCGGCACGUCAAGAACCGGCUGAUGGACAUUCACAAUCGCCUGCCACCCAUCAAGGAGUUCCGUAGUCCGGCCAAAGUGCCACAUCCCUCGCCCGUUCAUGUCAGCAACCCUAGAUUUCGGUACUCCACCUACACGAAGUCCAGUGCCCAUGAACUAGCUCCUCUGCUGCGGGAAUCCGGAUCACCGCCGCCACCGCGUCGUCCCAGUCCCAUGAACAUCCAGCUAAGUUGCUCUGCCCUGGCCCCGCCCCCUUUGAAGGCGGGCGGGGCAAAGAUCUGUCCGGUGACCUCAAAGAAUUCGCUGCCCAAAAAUGCCUAUACCAUGCCCAAGGACAAAAAGUCUUCUGGAUCAUCCGGACCCAUGGGUAAGAAUAGUGGCACUGCCGGAAAAAGUAAUCCGCCAGGAGCUGGUGGCCCAAGAGCAUCGACGGGAAGCACGGCCACCACUUCCGGGUCAAGUGGAUCAGGAUCUGGGUCUGGAUCUGGUUCGGGAACAGCCAGUCAUCUCAAGCCCACAUCAAGCUCUUCCAGUCGCAGUUUUCCGCUUUUCUCCGCCGGCAGUAAUCAGAGAGAGAAGGCUGACAAUAAGAAGAACGAAUCCGUUGAGCGGAAAAAGAAGGAGGAGAAGCUCAAGCUGAAGGCUGAGAAGGAAGCCAGAAAGGAGGAGAAGCGACUGGCCAAGGAGGAGGAGCGUCUGGCCAAGCUGCAUGCCAAGGAGGAGAAGAAACGCGGCAAAAAGGAGGCCAAGGAGCUGCUUUUGGCCAACGAUGGAAACAGCAAGAAGUGAAGUCAAGCCGAGAAACCCAAUUAGCCAGCAAAAAUGCAUAUUUAAAGUUGCAAUUCUAGGAGUAAGCCCAUCACCCAGUUACCGUACUAUAUCAAUUCAGAUCGUAUCGGAUCAAACCAGAUCAACUUCACACAAAGCCCAACCACACAUUACCAUAAAAGAACGAGCUUGAUUUAGGGAUAAUAUUUUGUCAGUUAGCCGUAAAUCGUUUUGGACAGUUUCAGGCCAAAUCUUGGUUAGAGUAUUUAAUUUUUAAGCAAGAGAGGAUUAUUUUUUAGCCUUGUUUAACUCUUAAGUGGCCUAUUGAAACUACUUGCAAAGAAAACGAUGCCAAACCUUUGUAUGAAUGAUAAACUUUUUGGCAGAAACUAUUUAAACAAAAUUUGUUUCGGCUUUAAUUUUACUUAGGCCUUGGUUCACACUGACAACUUUCAUAACUCUUGGAGGUCUAGAGAUAUGGUAAAAGUAUGAUUGUAUCGCUACCUUUGGUUCCUCAGCUCAUCUGUCUCAUUAGCAAUUAAAAGGUUGUUAACAAAUACUUCAAUUUAAACAGAUUCGGAUAGAUAGAUUUCGUGUAAAAGAACAAUAGAGAGAUUUACUUUUUACUUUCAAAUUUCCGGAUACUAGACUUUACUAUGAAACCAAUGUAACCCGAUUUAGGAGAGAGCCACAUCUCAAGAUAUAGUUUAUAAAAGAUAGAACCAAGACCACAAUAAGGCCAACUGAUGUUAGAGCCAAGCUUUAACAUAAGUGAGUCUGAAUCCGGCUAAAUAAUUAAUUAUGUACUUACUAACAAUAAAUGUCGAUCAACCAAAGUGUUAACAUGUUGACUAACAAAUUACAAAAAUGAGAGCAUAUUAAAGUAGUUUUCAUAUACCCCUCUAUAUAUAUUAUAUAUAUAAAAAUCUGUAACUGUAACUAAAUCUAUAGAUUCCAUACCAAUAUUGGAAACUGUUCAAGCGGCAAACAUAAGCAAUGUUUCGAUGUAUGUACUAUGUGUAAAUGUAUUACCAAGAUUGUUUUAAAAACAGGAAAAGAGAUAAAGAAACCGGAACCCAAUAAAGGAUCAAUUAUGUUGAA